AUGGAGUCUAUUCAGUCAGCCAUUAGACUGCUGACACCAAACUGUUUUAUGGCAUCAAUAGACCUGAAGGAUGCAUACUACUGUGUCCCAAUAGCAAGCUUCCACCACAAAUACCUAAAAUUUGAGUGGAAUGGGUCACUGUACCAGUUUACUUGCUUCCCCAACGGCCUAGCCUGUUGCCCACGCAAGUUCACAAAACUAAUGAAGCCAGUGUUUUGUUACCUCAGGAAAUUGGGUCACGAAUCCUCCCCUUACAUUGAUGACUCAUUACUAACAGGUCAAACCUAUGAUGACUGUGCAGCUAAUGUGAUUGACACAACACAGCUCAUAGACAACUUGGGGUUUAUAGCACACCCUGACAAAUCUGUUUUCAUCCCCACUCAAGAAUUAGACUAUCUUGGUUUCACACUGAACUCCAAAACUAUGCGGGUGACUGUAACACCUGGAAAGAAGUUGAAGCUCAUAGAAACAUGUAAGGAACUCCUUACGAAAGAAUACCCUACUAUCCGUGAGGUUGCUAGGGUAAUAGGCUUGCUCAUCUCAAACUUUCCAGGUGUUGCAAUGGGACCACUAUACUACAGACUUUCUGAAGCUGACAAAAUUGCAGCACUUAAACACAACAAAGGAAAGUUUGAUGCCACUAUGCAACUCUCUGCUGAAGCGAAGGAAGAACUUGUGUGGUGGAUAGAUAACAUUGACACUGCAUUCAACCCAGUGCAUAGGUGA